AUGCUCGUCCCUACAUUGUCUGUGUCCGUGUUGGGAUUUGCGGCGGGUGUCUUUGCUGCUCCUCAUCUCCAUUCUCGACAUGAAAUAGUUGCGCGGGAGCCGGCUGAACAUGCUGAGAGGGGCCUUACCUGGACCCCAACAAAGCGAUCUCGAUCGAACGGGUUUAAUGCGUUUAAUUCGCUUGGAAGCUUCAACAAUGUCAACAAUGUGAACUUCAUCCAAGACUUCAACCAGUUCAGCCAAGCAACCACGGUGGUCAUCACCGAGAUCCAGCAGAAUUCGAUCAACCAGCAACAGCUUUUGUUGGAACAGCAGCUUUCACAGCUCAUCCAACAGCAGUUGUUCGCUCUCCAGUCACAAAACUUCCUCAUCGAUAACAUCCGAAGAAACCAUUUCAACAGCAGGAACAACAAUGUGAACACUAUUAUCCUGAUCUGCCAACAGGUCCUCGAUAACCGAAAUGGCAACAACAACAACAGAUGGUUCACUCGUCAAAUUCAGAGCAACCCCAACAUUCAACAGCAGGUCGUGGUCGUUAUCCAGGAUAACAACGUCCUAAACCUCGGCAACUUCGGCAACAACGCCUUCGUCCCUAGCGGGACUGAACAGUUUGCUGCACAAGCAACUGGAGGCGCCAACUUCGAAGCCCCUGUUUUGGGAACCUAUCAGCCAAACUCAUCGGUGUUCCAAGGCUUCACACAGAACGUCGCUCUCCUCCCAGCUGGCGUGCAACAGCCACAGUUCGGUUUCGGCAAGGUCGGCGUCGACCCAGCUCUGAUCAUCCUCGAGAACCAGCCAAUGUCCAUCUCAUUCGGACAACAACAGCAACAAUCGAUCGACGCACAAAUCCUAAACAUUCCAUCAUUCGCCGCGUCUAGUGUCGGUGGAAACACGCUCAUCAUCUGA